AAUGGCUGGACGAACGAUGCUCUUGGUGUUGCCUGGCUCAAGCAAGUGUUUGAUCGCCAUACAAGAGUGAGGGCGCGAGGGAACCAUCGGCUGCUCAUUCUGGACGGCCAUGAGAGCCACAACUCAGUCAAGUUCCACCAGUACUGUGAGGAACACAAGAUCAUCACUCUGUGUAUGCCUCCUCACUCGUCGCACCUAUUGCAGCCACUUGACGUGGGUUGUUUUGCCCCAAUAAAGAAGGCCUAUAGUCGCCAAGCUGAGCUGCUGAUGCGCAACAAGAUUACUCGCAUCACAAAACUUGAGUUCUUACCAUGCUUUAAAGGAGCUUUUGAUGCCUCUAUUACUAGGAGCAAUAUCCAGGGAGGAUUCAGAGGUGCUAGCUUGGUCCCCUUUAAUCCAGAGGCUGUAAUAUCAAAGCUUGAAGUGCGCCUGUGUACUCCACCACUACCUACUAUGGAUAAGAGUACGUGGCACUCUUAA